AUGAGUAACGAAGGAAUAAGUCAAGAAGUGAUUGAACUGUUUGAGAAUGAGAAUAUAAACUCUAUUCGGGAUUAUCAUAAUGAAUUAAAUCAUAAAGUUUCGAAGUUAAAGAUUCAGUUAGAUAAAGAAUUAUUAAACAAUUAUAAUGAAAUUUUAAAAGUUACUGAAUCAUUUGACAGUAUUUUGAAUAGUAUGAAGAUUGCAGAUAAUCAAUUCAGAUCCUUAUGUUUUGAUGACGAACAAUUCAAAUUGAAUAAAUUAAAGGAACCUAUAUUAAAUAAAUUAAAUUUAUCUGAGGAAGAAAAAAAUGAACUAAAAAGGCAAGAUGAGAUUGAUUUAAAUAAUAACAACGAAAGUUUACUUGUACUCAAGUUAGCAGAUUGGUCAUUUGUCAUUGACGAAUUUAUCGAUUGUAUCAAUAAGAAUAAUGCAAUGCUUCAACAUGAUACCGAGGGGAACAACAACAACGCCGGUGGUAGUUCUACGAAUAAUUUGAUGUCUUCACAAGAGAUUCCCAAGAUUGUAUUUGAAAAAGUGAAUCAAAUGUUUUGCAACCUAGAAAGUGAUAUUAUUUCGAAGAUAAAAAAUAAUGGCGAAUAUUGUCAAGUAUUGAAUAAAAGUUGUUCUAAAUUUUUAAAGAAUGUGGAAAAAAUGGAAAUUACAAAUUUUGACAUCAAUCAAUUGACAAAUAAGCAAUGGAUCGAGAUGUAUAACAUCCUACAUUUGGAUGAAUAUCCAUGGGACCAAGAUAAAAAAUUACACGAGAGAGUCAUCGACAAGAUCUUUGAUAAGUUAUUGAUCACCCAGCGUGAUAUAAAUAUACUUUUGAAAUGUACCAAUGAACCAAUUAUAACUCAAUUUAUUAAUAGUGAAGAAUUUAAAAAAAGGUUAGCUAUCAAAACUCGUGAUGAUUUACAAAUCCAGUUAACUAGAUUGGAACGUGUUUUGGCAGAGAAACCUGACGGCAAAGAAAAACAUGAAGGAGAGGAUAUUUUAUACCCUUAUGAUAGUAAUCGUAUGCCUGAUGUCAAGACUAUCUUAAACAAAGCCAAUUUAAAUUCUAAUGGAUUGGGUAAUUCCCAAAGAUCACAAUGUCAUGAAUUAAUUAUUAAAUUACUAGAGUUAUUGAAACGGUUGAAAGAUUUGAAUGAAACUGAUGAUGAAAUUAUUAAUAAACUGGAACGUUUACAUAAACAAAUGUUAGAUACUACUCAAUCUAAAAAUAAAGAGCACGUUGUGACAGGCGAAACUAUGGAUCAUGUGGUGGCUCAAGUCUUAAGUCGCUACCAAAAUCAUCAAUUUUCCAACCUGCUAGAAAAGCAAUUGGUGCAAUUACAAGAUUUGGCUGGGCAUUGA